UCUUCAGACUUGAACAACUAAUCCUCGUUUAAGGAAUUAUCCCUGCUGCUUUUGACUCUCUCCGAACAUUCCCCGGGUGUGAAGGUCUGUCUGUAUACAGCUGACUGCUCGUGGGGUAGUGCGCUGCAGAGGGAGUGUCGUGUGAGAGUCGACCAUUGCCUCCUGGAAUUUCACUCAUCAAUAUCCACUCAAUUCCUAUGAGAAACUAUUUCCAUCUGUCAACGCAAUGGACCCGCAUAGUCAAUGGAUUUAAAUUUGCUGCUCUGAUUUGACCGCCGUCGUCUAGAACUACUUCUCCGCAAAAGCAAGGAACGCCGUCCGCAAACGAGGAACGCCGUCUCUCCAGGCCGUAGCCUACGCUGCAAGAAUGGGAACGGUGCUCUCCAUAUCUCCAACAUCGAAGAAGGAGGCUAUUCUGGAUGACAGAAAAGAGGGUGACCACGCAAUCAAAACGGGGAGCGUAAAGAACAAUUCCAUGCUUGUCCCAGUUCUAACAUUGAAGAAACUGUUUACGACAUCCACCAAGAAAAAUAGUUGUAAGAAAGUCAACCCGAACGCCGCACAGGUGAACAACAGCCACGUAGACCAGCAAAAUAAUGAAAAUAACAAAAAAUCCCAGCAAUCGAGUACGGAUGGUAAGAAAGCACCACUCGCUGUACCAGUGCCGGCGGUUCCUACCCAGAGCCUCGAACCUAACCAGCCCCAGGUUCCCUCUGAGAAUGUGACGCUUUCGCCUGUCCAAAAGCAACCUAGUAAAGUAGACCUCUCGCCGAGGCGUGUGAUUAUCCAGGCAUCGACCGGGGAGCUGUUGCGCUGUCUUGGCGAAUUUGUGUGCAGGAGAUGCUGUAAAGUCAAACUCACCUACAAUGAGGUCAUCCUAUGGUUCCGAAACGUCGACCGAACCCUUCUCCUCCAAGGCUGGCAGGACCAGGGAUUCAUUACACCUGCUAACUUAGUCUUCGUCUACCUGCUCUGUAAGGAAUCGAUACCCGAUGAUAUCGACAACGCAUCUGAACUCCACGGUAUCUUCCUGCUCUGUCUCUAUCUAUCCUACUCGUACAUGGGUUGCGAGAUAUCAUACCCUCUGAAACCAUUCAUGAUUAUGGAAAAUGAGGAUAAUUUCUGGGAUUGUUCUAUGAGCAUCAUCAAUAACACAAGUGCAAAAAUGUUGCAGUUAAAUGCAGACCCGCACUUUUUCACGGAGGUGUUUCAAGAGCUAAAAGAUGAAGGCGAGUCGAGGGACAAAGACUUGGACCGUUAAAUCAAAUGAGGGCUCCGAUGUAUGUUUCACGAAACCCCUGAAAUAGUGGUUCGAAUGUAAUAUUCAACAGUUUAAAACUAAUUGUAUUGCGUAACCACGGCUCAGUAUAUAUGCAUGUUGGCCUACAUUUAGAAUAAAAUCUCCUUUUUGUACACUUCUGCGAAUACUGUAGGAUAGUCACAGGGACUCCGUGGAUCAAUGGGAAAUCUGCAAAUGCAUAAAUGUGUGGGUAAUAUGGACGACUUUUAUAAUUGCCUUGAUGUUCACUUAUGGAGUUUUGUUGUGGGCAAAAGAAUAGCAUUAUGUUAUACGUCGAGAGGUGGAGCUAUCCAAGGUACUGGCGUAGCGUUUGCGCAUCGUAAACCUAUGCAAACACUUAGGACAUAAACGGGAAUGCACAAGGAAAGGUAUUCUUUAGCAUAAUUUGUGCCAAUUAUUACAAUAUUAAACACUGUGGUUUACAUCAUAUUUAUUUUUAACUAUUAUAGCAGAUUGUUUCCACUUGAAAAAAAAGUAUAUUUUCAUUUAAAAAAAUAAUUGUUGCCAUUUUGUUUAUGUACUUGUUGAAGUGACACAAAAAAAUAAGUUAUAAUGGUUUAAUGUAAUUUACCCUAUUUGUGAACUUGUAAUGGUGCAAUAGAUACUGGUCAAAGCUGGUGGUUGUUUUCAGCAUUUGUAGGUGCAUCUCUUCAAUCUACUGUUUCUCUGUGGCUCAGUGCUCUGCAUUGAAACAUUGGAGCCUGAGAGAAGGCCCUGGCAAUAUCAUGUAAUUGUCUUUUAUUUAAACUAGUGCAACAUUCACUAACAGUAAAGCAUUUAUGUUAUUUAGUGUCAAGGGUCAGAUGCUAGUGCUAGAAGGAACUGGACUGUUACCCCUACUGAUUGGUUCAGAAGAUGGACUUUUCAUCUGAUGAGCCACCGUGUUCACAGUUAGCUGAUCUGUUACUGUGGCUCAUUUGCAUAUGUUUUUUAAAAAUCAUACACGGCUUUCACUUGCACAAUGUGAUUUUAUGUGCUCAGAGCAAUCCGGAACAACUCUGGUAUAGCACUCCAUUUCUGGAGAGCUGUUCUCAAACAAACAUAAUGUAAUGUAAACAAUGUGACGAUGGACAAGUAUUGACAGUUCACUAGUGUAUGUUAUUGCUGUGGAAUUAAAGAACUUGAGA